UAACAGCUUUUUCAGUUUCACAUUUCUCUCUCUUUUUUGUGAACUUGAACACCGGCGUUCUCUCUCAGUCUCUCCCGCCAUUAUCAACUUCAUCUUCUCUGACUCUCUCUCUCAAAUCCCUAACCCUAAAAAUUCCACCAUUCCUUUCUCUCCAAAUUCCUCUUCUCUACAAUGAUCAUCUUCGCAUUCUAAUCUCAAGAAAAAAAAUGCGACUCCACCGCCUUCUCAAUUCCCCGUCUUCCGAUCAGAUCGCCUCAUCGAAACCCUAAAUCUCCGAUCCGUAUCCGCACAAUGUCUUGGGGAUUAGGCUGGAAGCGACCUUCGGAGAUCUUCCACCUCGCUCUGAGCUACGGCAAUGAAGAACCCGUGGAGAGUCCCGGCCGCGUGUCUUCAUCUUCCUCCGCUUCGUCGUCGUCGACGAUGGGCCCGGCGUCGCGGUCGUCUUCGGCGUCGUCGAUAGUGGCGCAAGAUCAGGAGCUAGGGUUUCGGAUCGAGUUGGAGUGGUCGGCUGGGGACGACGAGGAGCAGGUGGCUCUCCGGCUUCAGUCGCAGCUCAUGGUGGCGCUGCCGAUGCCGCAGGACACGGUGGAGGUGGUGUUGAAGGCGGAGGAUGAGAAUGUGGCUGUGGAGAUGACGGUGGUGAAGCGGAGGGAGCCUCUGCGGGUCGUGACGAUGACCAAGGUGGCCGGGUCGGGUCAGCAGAGCGACGGUACCGGCGUGUUGACGAGACUUUUGAGGGCCAAUCUCCCUCCGCCGAUGCCCAACGAAGGCGGCGUCUCCGAAUGCGGCGACCAUUGGAGGACUGUCACUGUGCUCUCUCUUGGUGCCUGCGGUUUGUCUGCGUUGCCGGUAGAGCUAACACAGUUGCCGCAUCUUGAGAAACUGUAUCUCGAUAACAACAAGCUUACAGUUUUGCCACCAGAGCUUGGUGAGCUGAAAAGCUUAACAGUGCUUAGGGUCGAUUCCAACAUGCUGGUUUCAGUACCUGUAGAACUGAGACAGUGCGUUGAACUGGAGGAAUUAUCAUUGGAGCACAACAAGCUUGUCCGGCCUCUCCUUGACUUCAGGGCUAUGGCUGAGUUACGGGUUUUGAGGCUUUUUGGUAAUCCUCUUGAAUUCCUUCCCGAAAUUUUGCCAUUGCACAAACUUCGCCAUUUGUCUCUUGCGAAUAUCAGGAUUGUAGCAGAUGAAAACUUAAGAUCGGUGAAUGUGCAAAUAGAGAUGGAAAACAAUUCUUAUUUUGUUGCAUCUAGACAUAAGCUAAGCGCCUUCUUCUCUCUUAUAUUCCGUUUUUCUUCUUGUCAUCACCCUUUACUAGCGUCGGCACUAGCGAAGAUAAUGCAAGACCAAGGAAACCGUGUAGUUGUUGGUAAAGAUGAGAAUGCGGUACGGCAGCUAAUUAGUAUGAUAAACAGUGACAACCGUCAUGUGGUUGAACAAGCAUGCUCUGCUCUUUCAUCUCUUUCUGCAGAUGUUUCUGUUGCAAUGCAGUUGAUGAAAGCUGACAUCAUGCAACCCAUUGAACUAGUGCUGAAAUCUUCUGGUCAGGAAGAAGUAAUAUCUGUAUUGCAAGUUGUGGUUAAGUUAGCCUUUGCAUCGGACACUGUAGCUCAGAAGAUGUUGACCAAGGAUGUAUUGAAAUCAUUAAAGAUGUUAUGUGCACAUAAAAAUCAUGAGGUACAAAGGUUAGCUUUGUUAGCAUUCGGAAAUUUGGCCUUCUGUUUAGAGAACCGCCGUAUUCUGGUUACUUCUGAAAGUUUGCGGGAACUUCUCUUGCGCUUGACGGUUGCACCUGAACCACGUGUGAAUAAAGCAGCAGCUCGUGCCUUGGCAAUUCUGGGGGAGAAUGAAAAUCUACGGCGUGCCAUAAGAGGGAGACCAGUAGCAAAGCAAGGACUGCGCAUACUCUCAAUGGAUGGAGGUGGCAUGAAGGGUCUGGCAACUGUACAAAUUCUUAAAGAAAUAGAGAAAGGAACCGGAAAGCGGAUACAUGAAAUGUUCGACCUUAUAUGUGGAACAUCAACAGGUGGCAUGCUUGCUGUUGCUCUUGGUAUUAAGCUGAUGACCUUGGAACAAUGUGAAGAAAUAUACAAAAAUCUUGGAAAACUUGUCUUUGCUGAAUCUGUGCCAAAGGACAAUGAAGCUGCAACUUGGAGAGAAAAGUUGGAUCAGCUAUAUAAAAGCUCAUCACAGAGUUUUAGAGUUGUUGUACAUGGAUCUAAACAUAGUGCAGAUCAGUUUCAGAGGUUGUUACAGGAAAUGUGUGCUGAUGAGGAUGGGGAUCUUUUGAUUGAGUCUGCAGUGAAAAGCAUUCCUAAAGUUUUUGUUGUAUCAACCUUGGUGAGCGUUAUGCCAGCUCAGCCUUUCGUAUUUCGCAAUUAUCAGUACCCUGCUGGAACACCAGAAGUGCCUCUUCCAAUGUCAGAAAGUUCUGGAAUUUCUGUGCAAGGAUCACCUACUAUAGGUUCUGAAGUUGGUUAUAAGCGCAGUGCUUUUAUUGGAAGUUGUAAGCAUGAAGUAUGGCAAGCUAUAAGAGCAUCAUCUGCUGCACCAUAUUAUCUUGAUGAUUACUCAGAUGAUGUACACCGCUGGCAAGAUGGUGCAAUAGUGGCAAACAAUCCUACAGUUUUUGCCAUAAGAGAAGCACAACUUCUUUGGCCUGACACGAGAAUUGACUGCUUAGUUUCCAUUGGGUGUGGUUCUGUUCCAACAAAGGUGCGAAAAGGUGGUUGGCGUUAUCUGGAUACGGGCCAAGUGUUGAUUGAGAGUGCAUGCUCUGUGGAUCGAGUGGAGGAAGCUCUAAGUACAUUGCUUCCUAUGCUCCCAGAAAUACAGUAUUUUCGAUUUAAUCCUGUUGAUGAGCGUUGUGAUAUGGAACUGGAUGAGACUGAUCCAGCUGUCUGGCUGAAGUUGGAAGCUUCUGUCCAGGAAUACAUCCAAAAUAAUUCUCAUGCCUUCAAGAAUGUCUGUGAGCGACUGCUUGUUCCUUACCAAAAUGAUGAGAAGUGGUCAGAGAAUAUAAGAAUUCAGCAUUACCCCAAGUCAAAGGGGUCAAGUUCAGAUGUGAAUGGUCCUUCUCUUGGUUGGAGGCGAAAUGUACUGCUUGUUGAAGCUUCACACAGUCCAGAUUCAGGCAGAACAGUGCAUCAUGCUCGUGCACUCGAGUCAUUUUGUUCCCAUAAUGGAAUACGGUUAUCCCUAAUGCAAGGGAUUUCAGGGAUUGUGAAGACAAUGCCAGCAACAACAUUCCCAACGCCAUUUACAUCACCUCUGUUUACUGGAAGCUUCCCAUCAAGCCCACUGCUAUACAGUCCUGAUUUUGGCCCACAGAGGGUUGGUCGAAUUGAUAUGGUCCCUCCUUUAAGCUUAGAUGGCCAAUCUGGAAAGGCAGCUGUAUCACCACCAAAGUCUCCUUCAGGGCCUAGACAGCUUUCUUUACCUGUACGGUCAUUACAUAAGAAAUUACAGAACUCACCACAAGUGGGCAUUAUACACUUGUCCCUCCAAAAUGAUUCGAUUGGCUCAAUAUUAAGUUGGCAGAAUGAUGUAUUUGUGGUUGCUGAACCUGGAGAGCUUGCAGAGAAAUUUGUACAGAGUGUUAAAUUGAGUUUGUUGCCGGUAAUGCGAAGACAUCACAGAAAGGGGGCAUCAGUUCUUGCCAAUAUUUCAACUGUUUCUGAUUUGGUUUCAUUUAGACCAUAUUUCCAAAUUGGAGGCAUUGGCCAUCGUUAUAUAGGGCGCCAAACCCAAGUCAUGGAAGAUGACCAAGAAAUUGGGGCAUAUAUGUUCCGUAGAACAGUCCCUUCUAUGCACUUAACUCCUGAUGAUGUUCGUUGGAUGGUUGGAGCUUGGAGGGAUAGAAUAAUAAUUUGCACAGGGACUUGUGGGCCUAACUCAGGUCUGAUUAAGGCCCUUCUUGACUCUGGUGCCAAAGCUGUUAUAUGUUCUUCAACUGAGCCCCCUGAAACACAGAUAACAACCUUCCAUGGAUCAGGGGAGCUCAAUAUUUUUGAAAAUGGGAAGUUUGAGAUUGGAGAUGAAGAGGCAGAAGAUGAAGAAGCUGAACCUGCCAGUCCGGUGAGUGAUUGGGAAGAUAGUGACCUUGAGAAAAGUGGUGACCAUGCCACUAGUUUUUGGGAAGAAGAUGAGGAGGAACUGUCUCAGUUUGUCUGUGAAUUGUAUGACUCAUUGUUCCGAGAUGGUGCAAGUGUAGAUGUUGCUCUGCAACAUGCUCUGGGUGCACAUCGGAGGUUGAGGUAUUCGUGCCAUCUCCCCAGUAGACAAUAGUUUGUUAUAUAGAUAUCAUACAUAAAAUUUAAAUCAUAGUUUAACAAAAUAAGGAAAAAAAAAAAGGGAAUGAAAGCAGGGGUGGGACGGGAAUAUGUUUAGAGGUAUAUAAGAGAAUAAGAGGAAACAUCCAAUUUUGAGGCUUACCAAAAAAAAAGAAAAAAAAUUCUGUGUUUGUUAUUCAUUACAUGAACAUGAGCUUUAGCAGUCGUGAUGUUGUAUGAUACAGAUAUAUGGGAUAUAAUUGUCCCCUUCAUUGAUUCGUUCUUAUCACUUGCUUUGAAGCAAGUCUUUGAUCUAUGAGUGUACUUGGACGAUUACAGUGUAAUUUAUAUUUUGAAGAAAAGAAUAUGACUACCAUUGUAGUCUUUGACUU